AUGCCCAUCGGUAUCGCCAUUGUCGGCAGCGGCCUCUUUGCCAAAGAGCAGCACCUGCCCGCCGUCCAAGCCGCGACAGACCUGCACCUCAAAGCCAUCUACUCGCGGUCUCUCAAAUCAGCCCAGGACCUCGCGACCGGCACAUCCUCCUCAGCCGUGGAUCUCUACUCUGAGGAUUCCGGGCCCGGCAAGUCCUACGCAGACCUGCUCGCUCGCGCAGAUAUCGAAGCCGUCAUCAUCGGCCUCCCGAUUCUCAUCCAGCCGGAAUUUAUCCAGAAAGCCCUAUUAGCAGGCAAACAUGUCCUGUCCGAAAAGCCCAUUGCCAAGGACGUCGCGACGGCCCAGGAGCUGAUGCGCUGGUACCAGGCCAAUGUCGAUCCCGUCAAGACCCUCUGGGCUGUCGGUGAGAACUGGCGCUACAUGACGAAACAGCUUUUUGCGGCGGAACAGGUGCGCGCGCUGGGCGCUGUUCGGAAUUUCAGGGUGAAUGUGCACAGUCUGGUAAAGCCGGAUAACAAGUACUACUUGACAUCCUGGCGCAAGACGCCGGCCUACCAAGGCGGAUUCCUGCUCGAUGGCGGUGUGCACAUGGUUGCUGCACUGCGUCUGAUCCUAGGAUCCGAGGACCCCAUCACGACUGUCUCUGCGCAGUCGCAGCAACUUCAGGAGUACCUCCCGCCCGUCGACACGGUGGAUGCGGUGGUGAAAACCCAAUCCGGGGCUACGGGCGUCGUGUCUCUGUCUUGGGGAUCGUCGUUCAGCGACAACGUCUUCGAGUUUGCCUGUGAGAAGGGGGGUGGUGUUGGCCCGGAAGUUGCGGAGUUCGCCCGGACCAUUGUCCAUGGUCGCCCCGUUGAGAAGCGACAGUCUCCCGAGGAAGCAUUGGCAGAUCUGGAGGUGUUGGAGGGGAUGCUGCGCAGUGGAGAACAGAAUGGCGACAGCAUUCAAUUGCGCGCCCGAACCCAACGGGGACUAGCGUGGGUCGCCCACUCUGGCUCAGCGAAGUUUUCCAGGCUCCGUCCAGUUCUUCGACAACCCUCGAUCGCCCAGCGAGACCCUGCCAACACCGACAAGAUGGUCCUCGCCAAGAAGCACGUCCCUAUCGUCAAGAAGCGCACCGCGCGCUUCAACCGCCACCAGUCUGACCGGUUCAAGUGUGUGCCGCAGGCAUGGCGCAAGCCCAAGGGUAUUGACAAUGCCGUCCGCCGCCGCUUCAAGGGCCAGAUUGCCAUGCCCUCCAUCGGUUACGGCAGCAACAAGAAGACCCGCCACCUCAUGCCCUCGGGCCACAAGGCCUUCCUCGUCCACAACCCCAAGGAUGUCGAGCUCCUCCUGAUGCACAACCGCACCUACGCUGCCGAGAUCGCCCACGCCGUCUCCUCCCGCAAGCGCGUCGACAUCAUCGCCAAGGCCAAGGCCCUCGGCGUCAAGGUCACCAACUCCAAGGGCCGUGUUACCACCGAGGCAUAA